GUAAUUACGCUCACAGACUGUCCCAAAAUAACACAGAGAAGAAACGACACCUAGAAAAGUUCAAGAGUCGAYUCAAAGACUGUGUAGAGAAUAUUUUUUGUGCUUUGAAAGGGUCUUUAUCAGGCGAGAAUCCACAGCAAGCCCGCAGGCUUCCACAACAUGGAUGGCGGUGAGCCCGGCGAUGGGUUUGAUCCAUGUGAAUGUGUUUACACUUACGAAGGAGCGAUGAGGAGACUAAUCUCACUACUAAGAUCCUCUCAGAGCUACUGCACUGAUAACCAAUGCCUCCAAGAACUCCCAGGACCACAACAGGGAAACUCGACAGGACCAGAAGGAAAUAGUACAACAUUGUUUUUAAUCAUGGCUUGGAUUGCAAUCGCAUUUAUUCUCUUUCUUUUAAGGCCUCAAAGAUUAAGACAAGGAGGUGACAAACCCACAAGUCGUGAAGGACCAAGUCAAGAUCCACCUGCACCUGGUGUUCUCUAAGAAUAUUCUUAUUUAUUAAUUCCAACAAUAAGUUAAGGUGAAAAACGUUUCAUAAAACCUAAAAUAGUUAUAUAAAAAGUAGAAGUAUUAAGGCAAUAUAGCACUGCAGUAUUUUUCUUUUUUCGUAAAAACUGCUCAACAUCAGUGUGACUUUAACUAUCAGUUUAACUAUUAUGAUCUGUCAAUGCUAGGCAUCGCUUUAUAGUAUUAAAUUAUUACACUUAUUUCAGUCUUGGCUUAUGGCAUGAAAAUGUCAGAUAGUACUUUCCUCAGAAUAUGUYUUUUUAAAAAUGGUCAACCAAAUAAUAUAAUUUUGAACAGAAUAGUGCAGGCAAAAUAACAUGSACUGUUUGAUAUAAUUUAGUACAUGUACACAGUUUACAUUAAAAUGAAAAUGAAUUGCAYGAUAAAAGAUUAUAGAUAUCAUGAAAUAUUGUUGAAGUAAGCAGUGAAAUACUCUAUGUGUGCAUAAUUUGCUUUUCCAAUGGAAAGUGCACUUUCUUUUGUAAAUUAGAUGCUUUGAAUAUUAACUAAACACACAUUUAACACUAUAAAACUGCUGUCAAUCAUUUAAACAGCUUUGGCCAUAACUGACAUUUUCUUUGAAAAUUUUGUGGGCUGGUUGCUUAGCAACGGURCCAAUUUUCACUUAUAAUGAUAAUGUGUCCAAUCUGGAUUUUUUAUUGCAAAUAUAUAUGUUUUUGCAAUCUGUAUUACUUGCGUCACGGCGGGCCAUUUUGUGGUUCAUUGACGAAGGAUUACCUACUGUAUUGUCUAGACCACGAGCAUUGCCUCUUUUCUUUUGACUUUUCUCAAAACAUCAACUGAUGUGAGCAGAAUUUUUCACAAGAUGCAUGGCAUCACUUUCAAUUCUUUUUUCCUCGACCGUGAAAUGCUUUCAGACAAAUACUGUGGGACAAACGGGGAUAGAAUUUUUACCAACACAUGCGAUCGCCAUCUUGUCUUUCAUAAUUCUUUUAAUGUAUAUAGUUAAGACAGAUUUGUUUUUUUUUAAACAGAUCUAAUAGAGAAGUACAUUUUGAUGUUAGCACGGAAAGUAGUUGCUUUUUCAAAACAUUAAAUUAUUUCAUUCAAAUAAGAUCUAUAUAUUCAUGUGAGAACUUGUACACAUUGGAGGUAUUCAUAAUUCGACAAGAUGGCGACCAUUUUSGUAAAGUAUUAAUUGUAUAGUUCGCAGAUAUGUUAUAUAAUAAUCAUUUWUUUGAUAAGCAGUGGGUUUAUCCAGUGCUUAAUAAUUGUAAAUAGAUGUCGCAAUACUGUAAAAUUUCUUCCCAAAAACGGUGAUUAAAACUUCACAAAUUUUGUUCAA